AUCCCCUCCUCAUCCCAAAAGAUCCCCGAGACCUCCUCCUCUCUCUCUCUCUCUCUCUCUGUGCUGACACGCCUCCGCUUCCACCAAUGGCCGCCGCGUCCGCCAUCCCCCUCCCGUUCUCUCCUCGGACUGCUCUCCGACAGCGCCUCGACGCUCCCGCCGUCGCCUCUCCGGAUCGCCCGGUCCACCCCCUCUCUAAAUACCCCUCCCCCUCCAGGAAAUGCCGCUUGUAUGGCCACAGAAUAGUGUAUCCUAGGCGAAAUGUUGUUGGCAGGGAAAUGAUCAGCCAAGUAAAGUUAAAGGAUGAUGUUGAUGAUGAAACAUGUGAACUAGUUAAUGGUGUUGAGCUUAUUAUAGGGGAGGACGAGGACAGCGUUCAUGCAUAUUUGUUGAAGGCAGUCAAGAACAACAAUGGAACUGGUGUGCUGCUUUUGUCUGAUGUCAUGGGUUUUGAAGACCCAUUGACACGAGACUUUGCCUAUCGAGUUGCCUGCAUUGGUUACAAUGUUCUCAUCCCUGACUUGUUUCGUGGCAAUCCAUGGAAGAAAGACCAGCCCAUAACAGAUUUUCAGCAUUGGUUAUCUAGACAAUCACCAAAAAGGGUGGCAAAAGACAUUUCCUUGUCUGCGAAGUGGAUGACAGAUGAAUUUGUGGCAGCUGGGAUAUCAAAGAAGCUGGGCAUCAUUGGUUUCUGUUUUGGUGGUGGACAUUUGGUUGAGACACUGGCUCGUGAUGAGCAGGCAUAUUUUGGUACUGGUGUCUGCUUCUAUGGUACAAAUAUCAACCCAUCCUUAAGUAGCAGCAUUAAAGUUCCAGUCUUGUUUAUUUGUGGGGAUAAUGACCCACUUUGCCCCAUAAGUAGCCAACAGGAAAUGGAGAAGAACACGAGAGGCUCAAAGUUAAAAAUUUAUUCUGGCAGAGGGCAUGGUUUCGCCCAUCGACCAAACUCCGAAGAAGAAGAUGAAGAUGCAGAGGCUGCAUUUGCUAUCAUGCGCAAUUGGUUGCACGACAACUUGCUUGUAAGAAAGGAUCAUUCAUAAGGGACAACCAUGUUUUUAUAUUUUAUGUGUAGUUUUCUAGGUCUCUAAGCUGUCAAAGCACACAGUUGUCUUGUUCAAUGACGAGCUAGAAUGUUGAGUUGGAAAGUGACUGGUGCACUUUCUCUUGGAGAUUCCUGCUUAUUUUUCCUGUAGUUAGUCUGUGUUUUGUGCAUGCAUAUUAGCAGAAAUUAAUCGGACA